GUGUUAUUUAGGGCUCUGAGGAGCACACACACAUAACAGCUGUUCCUGGGUCAGCAUCAGCUUCAACUCUUUAACUCUACUGAUAGAUUUUUUGUUAGUAGGAUCACUUUGGAAGCAGCUGAAAUGUUCUACAGAGGGUCUGUCAUGGUUGCAUUCCUUGUUUUUGUUCUGGGAAGUCAAGCGUUGGACAUGCUGACAACUACUGCAACACCCAAAGAUCCUCCCUGUGCUCCCACUGUGUCCUGCUGGUGUUCCAGUUAUCCCAACACUACGCUUUGCUCCUGGCCCCAACCCUCCAACUCCACUCCGACACGUUACAUCGCCACCUACAGAGAGAGGCACCAACAUGCUAGCAUCAGCCAUUGUCAUCUAAUCCCACCUGGCUCUUCAUCCUGGCCUCUGGCUGCACCACCGGCCUCCCAUCGGCUGUGGCACUGUCACCUUCCCAACCUGAAACUUCUCACAGAUUACACCAUCAACAUCACGGCUGUCCAUUCUGGUGGCAGCAGCUCCUAUGUAAAAAAUUUCAUGCUGGAGGACAUUGUGAAACCCAAUCCUCCAGUUGAUGUCCGAGUUUCCCCUCACAAUGUCAAAAACCUGUUGGUGGAAUGGUCUCCACCUCCUACGUGGACAAGCCUGGACAUCUUCCCUCUCAAGUACCAGUUACUGUACCAGUGGGAAAACAGGGGAACCCCAAAGUCUGUCAAUCUGGGUCCAUUUGAGAGCACCAAGGUGGAGCUGAAGGGGCUGAUGCCAGGGAGGGCCUACCGGUUCCAGGUGUGUGCGAAAGAAAUGCUGGACCUGGGGCACUGCAGCGACUGGAGCUCACCAGUACACAUAACAAUAUCAAAGACAAAGCCAUAAAGACUUGUGUACAGGUCUAUUUGUUUUAUAAAUGUACACACAACCAAAAUUUGUUGUAUUUAUAUGAAGCGUAUGUAUCUGCACAAACAAUGCUAACCAGAGUUGUUAAUGUUCUGUUUUAUUUAUAAAAGUGUCAUUUGUCCAAUGUACAGUCUUCAUUUCAAUUAAACUUUGAAUUUGUUGGUUUACAAAUGUUAAGGUAUGUCAGUGUCACAAUGUGAAAAACAUCCCAGUAGAUCCUCUGCAUUAUUACUCUAUCGCAUGCACCAUGAGUGGAACAACAAACUCAGAGUGCCGGAUGCCCAUGCUGAAGGAAGGGGACUUGUGCAGUUGUCCGUAAGUCUUCUCCGGGCUGUAGGCGCCCGGUCCGGGAACGGUCGAGGAAUAGCUCAGCCUUUUAGUUCGGCUUUGCAUGCUGAAAGAUGGCUGUCGCUGUCUGUAGAUGUCCGGGUUGGUGCUGCCGUACUGUCCUGGUCCAGGUGUCUUGGCGAGGUCUUCAGAGGGAGCACCAACUUUCCUACGGCCUGAGAAGCUGUAACUGGCGCUGGAGGGUUUGUGUGGAAUCUGAGGGCCCAUCAGGUCUGGAAGUGUGUACCUGGUGAAUGAAAGACCGGAAUAUUACAUCAAACUGGUAUUCCCUGUGUUCACCUGCCUUGGUUUUGUGUUUUUUCUCAUAUAAAAAGAGGAAGCUUCAUUUAUUUACA